AUGCAGGAGGAGGAGUAUACAGAGGAAUACAGGGGUCUGUACAAGGACGUAAUGAUGGAGAAUCACCGGCCCCUCACAUCACUGGAUGGGCCCAGUAACAGAGAUACCCCAGAGAGAUGUCCCCGUCCUCUGUAUUCCCAGGAUUGUACAGAGGAGUAUCACAGGAUCCCACAGGAGGAUCAGGAAGAACGUCUGUCUGAUAUUAAGGUAGAAGAUACAGAGGGAGAAGAAGAGACGUAUGUGACUGAUAUAAAGGCAGAAGAUAUAGAGGGAGAAGAAGAGACGUAUGUGACUGAUAUAAAGGCAGAAGAUAUAGAGGGAGAAGAAGAGACGUAUGUGACUGAUAUAAUGGCAGAAGAUAUAGAGGGAGAAGAAGAGACGUAUGUGAGGGGUGAUCAGCAGUGUAAGGAGGAGGAGAUCCCUACAGAUAUCAGGUGCAGAACAAAAGAGACAUACAACCACUCACCUAAUAUACCCGGUGGAACCGUCCAUGUCGCCAUCCGUCGCACUCCAGCGCAUCAAAGUGACUUCAUCUGA